CGAACAAUCUCUUCCUUGGUGCUGAGAUGGGCAGGCUCCUUCGCGACUUCGAUCCGUCCAUUCUAUUCCAUCACUACUUCAGUACUUCAGAUCUCGUCCGUCGGUAGUGAAAGAAAUCAGUUCUCUUCCCGCUCCAGCUCAAUAGCAUGUGCUUUCCUGGCACUUGGAAAUCCGGAACAUCUGAAUGAGUGGAGUGAACCAAGAGAGGCACUGCUCCAGUGGAGGGUUCAUGGCCAUACCAUAGAGUGCUUUAACUGGAGAGGAUUGCAGAAGUGAUGAGCCGAAUUGUACCAAGCCAAUGGCAACCACUUAACCCACUGUUUUGGAGUAGAACUUACUGAGCACCUGAGAUACAUCUCAAGACACUGAUUCAUUCACUCUUUCAGUCUGCCCCUCAGUCUGAGGGUGAUAGGCAGAGCUCAACUGCAACUUAGUGUCCAAUAGCUUGCCCCUCCAAAAGGAGCUAGUGAACACCCUGUCCCUGUCAGAUACAAUAGUGGCUGGCACUCCAUGCAACUUCCCAAUAUUGUUUAGGAAAGUGGUAGCAACUGAAGCAGCAAUGUAAGGAUGUUUAAGAGGUCAAAAAUGGGCCUAUUUGUCUGUCUACCACUACUAAUAUAAAUAGAACAGAGAGCCCUUCCGAUUUAGUCCGGCCCUCAAUCCAUAGAUAUAUCUUUCCAAGCUCCAUCAGGUCUAUUUGUGCCGGUGCCGGGCUGCCAUCUCAUCUAUGAUGAAGAAUCUCUUGUCAUACCAACUCGUUUACUCGCUGGCACUCAAAGAAAUGCAAUUGCAAAAGAAAUGGUGAUUGGUGCGUUGCUUAGGGGGCUUUCUGCUUUCGAUGGUACAACCCAAGUCGACUACUUACCAUAAUAACCAGUGCUGGGCUCUCUCGCGAUAACAACCCACUUCGUUGCGCCUUUUUUCUUGAUGGGUAUGGGUGAUCUUUGGGGCGGGUUAGGGUUCCGGAUCAGGCAAAAGUAAGAACUAAAAACGGAUACUUUUGAAUGCUUGGGUUGCUUUGAUUGAAUCGAUUGAUUCACCCUUGGCCAGAGAAGAAGAUAGGGAAUUCCAUAGAGUCUUGAGAGUAGAAAGCAGCUGAUAUAGAUGCCACCCCACCAAAUAAAUCGUAGGUAGAAUGAAAGUAAGUGAUUACUGUAGUGCCAUGCAUUUGGGAUUACAGUGCCAAGCAUUCGUGCUGGGAUUUGAGACAGUGCCAAUCUCAUCUCGAACUAUUACUAGCAAAUAAAUCAUAGGUAGAAGGAAUCUCAGUGAUUACAAUUACAGCAGCGCCACGCCAGUAGAGUAGAUUCCGUUCGUUCUAGCAAUCAUGCCAGAACUCACUGAUCCAUGUGCUCCCAGAAGGAAGGAUCUCGUUCCCAUAGCAUAGCCUAUAAUGAAUGUGGCUUUCCCCCCCAUCUCCUAUCUAUAGCUUCUAUAGCUUAUAGCUGGAAUGACCUAUAUGACCGGAACCACCUAAACAUCUAUAUGACCGGAACGGAACCUCAACCUAUAUGUAUAUGACCGGAACCUAAACAACCUACUGGACUUGCUUUGCUACUUGAGCCUAAGCUAUAUGAUCUGAACCAACCCUAUCGGGACUAGAUCCUGUCUACGGACUUGAUCCUGUCAUGUCAACGGACUUGCACUUGCCUGUCAAUCUUGACGGACUUGAUUGUUUCAAUACGUCAAUCAAUACGGAUUCUCUUUCCUGUGGAAAUGCUAUCUACCUGGAAGGAAGGUUUGUUUCCCGAAGGAAGGAGAUGGAGAUUCUUUCGCUGGAGAGAUACUUUCUCAUUGGAGAGGAGAUACUUUCUCUUUUCGGGCUCGAAAUCUGUCCUGUCGAUUUCUCUGAUUUAAGGGCGCAAGCACAAUACUGCACUCUCCCUGCUUGCUCGCCCGAUCCGUCGAUCUUCUCGAGAGGAGCAGUUCAAAUCACCCUGUACGGAUCCAUUGGGAUCACCUAGAGCCGCGAGUCCAGUUGAGUGAAUCCUUUCAGGCUGGAUGGAUGCGGUGGGCUAGCUCUGCUCUCUUAUAGAAAUUGCAUAUUGCAUAGAGUAGUAUUGUACGAAACGAUAUCUCGUAACGGAAGGAUGGAAACCAAGAGAAAGAAGACAGCUCUAUCUCAGAAGUGAGCUCCGUCUCACAAGUUAGCUCCGUCGACACCUCGAGCUAUUCAAACGAGUGUUCAGUCAUCAGAUCUCAAUAUCGGGUUGGGAAUCUUUCUAGACUAAAAAGUUUCGUUUUCGUGGGUCGGUGUCAAGUCUAUCUCUCAUGUUGCUCCUCAGAAAACGCGUAGAAUAGUAAUGUCAUUGGCCCACUAGAUAAGGAUGGGACAAACGCUCUAGUCUAUGCGUUAGAAGGCAACUAGUAUUUUUGGUUAUUUUGGGAGGGAGUCUUUUUCUGUCUUGAGGGUUGGUUUGAUUGGAAAUCGAAAUGCCUCAACUUGAUAAAUUGACUUAUUUCUCACAAUUCUUCUGGUUAUGCCUUCUCCUCUUUACUUUUUAUAUUCUCUUUUAUAAUAAUAAUAAUGGAAUACUUGGAAUUAGCAGAAUUCUCAAACUACGGAACCAACUGCUUUCGCACCGGGGGAACAAGAUCCGGAGCAAGGACCCUAAUAAUUUGGAAGAUAUCUCGAGAAAAGGUUUUAGCACCGGUCUCUCAUAUAUGUACUCCAGUUUAUCCGAAGUAUCCCAAUGGACCGUCGACUAUUUGGGAAAAAGGAGGAAAAUCACUCUGAUCUCAGAUUUCGGAGAAAUAAGUGGCUCACGAGGAAUGGAGAGACAGAUUCUCUAUUUGAUCUCGAAGUCCUCAUAUAACACUUCUUCCAGUCGGAUCACUUGUUGGAAAAACAUAAUGCUCACACAUGUUCCACACGGGCAAGGAAGCAUAAUCUAAUGAACUUAGAUUCUUUUCUUUCUAUAGGACUGAGGAUCCUUGCCUAGAUCCAGAAAAAGUUGGAUGCGCCGGAAGCUGAAGCGGAAAUGCAAUUCUCGGGUGAGGAAAGGGUUGUCUCAGGUACGCCUGGGGCAG